CUGCUGGUGUCCAGCGGCGCCGACGUGCACGUGCAGGACGACGAGCCGCUAGCGCGCGCCGCCUCCGCCGGCCACGCGGCAGCUGUCCAGGCGCUGCUGGACUGCAACGCCGACGCCGCCGCCGACGAGUCUCGCGCGCUGCGGCUGGCCGUUCUGGCCGGCGAUAAGAACCUUGUGUGCGUGCGGCUGCUGCUGGACGCCGGUGCGCAGCCGCGCGCCAUGGGCAACAGCGCGCUGCUGUCUGCCGCCUACCACGGCGACGGGCUGCGCCAGCCGGCGCAGUCGGCCCAGCGGUACCGGUCGCGCGCCUCGGCGCCGGCCCCGGCGUCACCACCGGCUGCAGCAACCAGCCAUGUUGCGCUCGUGCGGCUGCUGCUGGCGCGCGGCGCCGACCCUGAUGCGCGCGGCGGCCGGCCAUUGGUCUUUGCCAGCUCGCGCGGGUCGCCGCUGACGGUGGCUGCGCUGGCCGGCGCCGGCGCCGACGUGCACGUGCAGGAUGAUGAGCCGGUGCGUGCGGCGGCGGAGCGCGGCCAUGCCGAAGUACUCCGCUUGCUGUUGCUACGCUUCGGUGCACAUGCCAGUGCCCUGGAAGAGAGCGCCCUGCAGGGUGCUGCGCGCGGCGGCCAUUUGCCCUGUGUGCGCCUGCUUCUGGAAGCUGGCGCCAAUGCGGCGGCUGAGGGCGGCCGCCGCGCACUGGUGGCUGCAGCGAGGGCCGGGUGGGUCGAUGUUGUUGCGGAGCUUGUGGCUGCGGGCGCUGACCCGGCUGACCCUGAGUUUGUUGCCUGUGCAGCCAGAUCCGCUACCCUGCGUCGCAUGCUGGGAAUGCCCCCGCCUAACUGUCUUUUGAACUCUGUGUGAUUUUUCUUUUUUUUUUUUUUCUCUAAUAGAAAGCGUUUGGAAUAUUA